GGAACUGAUCCGUCAGCGUCGUGCGUGCGACGAACUAAUGGGGGGAGUCGGUGUGCGAGUUACUGGCUCUGAACGACGCUGACAGAGUUUCUCUACGUGUCGCGCUUCCCGGUAAAUCAGCCUUACUUAGCUAUACGCUUGGCUUAAUACUUAGUUGGCCUGCAAGUGCAAACGAAGCGAAGUAGCGCCGGCGGCGGCGUCGCAAUCAUCAUUGCCGCGGCAAUGAGCUCUCGGGAUGUUCUAAAAAGUGCUGCAACAUCGGCAUCGUACAAUGUCCUCCUUCAGGUGGUGUUCCGCGUGCUGACCUUCCUGCUGAAUGCGUUCACCCUCCGCUUUGUCUCCAAGGAGCUCCUCGGAGUCGUGAACGUGAGGUUGACUCUGCUCUACUCAACAGUAGUGUUCUUGUCCAGGGAGGCAUUCCGGAGGGCCUGUCUGAGCGGUGGAACAGAGCAGAACUGGAGACAGAUCAUCAAUCUGCUCUGGCUGACGUUGCCACUCGGCUCACUGUGGGCAUUCGCUCUGGGCUCUGUGUGGCUGUGGCUUCUCGAGGCUCCCGAUUCCCACUCCGUUCCUCAUUAUGCCCCGGCUGUGGGGCUUUUUGGCCUGGCGGCGCUGCAGGAGCUUCUGGCGGAGCCUCUCUGGGUUCUGGCUCAGGCUCACAUGUUUGUCCGGCUCAAGGUGGUUGCUGAGAGCUUGGCCAUGGUGGCCAGGUGUGCGCUGACUGCCGUACUGCUGCUCUCUGCUCCACAGCUCGGGCUCUACAUUUUCUGCGCCGCACAGCUGGUGUACACCGGAACGCUGGUACUCUGCUAUGCUGUUUAUUUUCUGCACUUCCUGGGCUCUGCAGAAGCGAAGAGGAUGUGCUUCCCCCUGCACAGGGCUGGGGAAUUGCUGCCUUCCACUUUGAAUGGAGAGCCAGCAGUAAACCAGAAGCUGGCUAGACUCACAUGGAGCUUCUUCAAGCAGUCUUUCCUGAAGCAGAUCCUUACAGAGGGUGAGCGCUAUGUGAUGACCUUCUUGAAUGUGCUGAGCUUUGGAGACCAAGGGGUUUACGACAUUGUGAACAACCUGGGCUCCAUGGUGGCCCGUUUUGUCUUUCUUCCCAUCGAGGAGAGCUUCUACAUUUUCUUCGCCAAGGUGCUGGAGCGGGGACAGAAAGUGAGGGACCAGAGGCAGGACAAUGUUGCCAUGGCAGCAGAGGUGUUGGAGUGCCUUCUAAAACUGGUGCUUGUCAUCGGCUUGAUCAUCACUGUAUUUGGGUACAGCUACUCUGACCUGGCUCUGGACAUCUAUGGCGGCUCUCUGCUGAGCAGCGGCACAGGUCCAAGUUUACUACGUUGCUACAGUUUCUACGUUCUCCUGCUGGCGGUAAAUGGGGUCACAGAGUGCUUCACGUUCGCUGCCAUGAGCAAAGAAGAGGUGGAGCGGUACAAUGUGGCGAUGCUGGCACUGUCUGUGUCCUUCCUCGUCUUGUCCUACUUCCUGACGUGGUGGCAGGGCAGCGUGGGCUUUGUUCUGGCCAACUGCCUCAACAUGGCGCUGCGUAUCGUCCACAGCCUGCUCUACAUCCGCCGCUACUUCGAGGGGAGCCCUUGGGCACCGCUCAAUGGCCUGCUCCCAUCGCCGCUCCUGCUGUUUGCCCUGGGGCUCAGCGGUGUCAUCAGCUGCCUCUCGGAGGCAACGUUCUGCUGUGACAGGGGCUGGCUGUUCCGGCUCGUGCACGUCGCUGUGGGGGCGGGCUGCCUGCUGGGGGUUCUCGCCUCCGUCCUCCUCUCAGAGACUCGGCUUGUCCGCUUCCUCCACGCCCAGCUGCUGUCCCGCUACACCAAGAAGGAGACGUAGGGGAGACGGGCAUAGCUGGCGGUGGCAGGCAUCGAUGAAAAGAGUGGCACAAAGGGCCUUCGAACGGAACUCGUCACUCGUCGACGUAUCUGGGUUUCGUACGCUCAUCUCGAGUCUGGAUGUGGGCAUAGUAUAAGGUCGCCUUUGCAAAUCUCCGGUAUUCAUGUUAAUAGUUGGAGAAGUAUAGCUGCCAGGAGUAUAUGUAAGUCAAUGAAUUCACCGGUCUGUGUACAGUUUUCUUGAGAAAUAACAUUUUAUAUGCAGUCUUUUUCAGGGUGUGUUCCGUCUUCUUGCGAUGUUUUGGCACAGUGCACAAUGUGCAAAAAGAUAUGGGAGAUGAGAGUGCUGAGGGUUACCUCUCGCUACUUGAUUUGAGACCCAAUAUGCACAUAACUGUACAUAUGAAGCACUUAAGAGACUAAACUGUAUUGUACUGAGGCGGAGUCCACUGAACACCUGUACUAAUAAUGUUACAGGAAAAGUUUUAUAUUUUGCGAAUUAUGACAUCCCGGAAAACUUGAUACUUAGACCAAGAAUUUAUUAUAGUCUACAUAUCUUGCCUCAUCAAUAAAUGAAAAUUGGUUACAUUAUGAUUUUCGAACCAGGUCCAAAAACUGAAAAGGUAGGUGAAGUAUCCAAGGAUGGUACUCAAGUAAAAAUACUCUUACCUUAAAAGAAAUAACUAGUAAAAGUACUCAUCCAAACAUUUACUUGAAUAAAGGCAUCAGGUCAAAAAAGUACUUGUACUAAACUGACUUUGAUUCAAAUGAAGCUUUUAAUGUUAUGAACCACUAGCAAUGUUAAGUUACUGUAAGUAUACGUUCUGCUUUUUUUCAAAUAAUUAAAUCUGCUGGGCAAAUAACAUCAGAUGCUGUCAAUUAGACUAAUCAAAUACAAAAGACCACAAUCUGCUACGUAUUAUUGUUAAUCCUGAUUUUUCUGCUUCCUCUGUCUGCGUGACUUAGAAUUUUAGGUUUCUAUACUUGGCGAAUUACAGUGAAUGACCCAUUUAUAUGUUAUGGAUUAACCUUAUUAGAUCAAAUCAGUGUACCUUGAUCAGCUGAUCCCAAGUCAUGUCCUUUGCAAAUGUAUAUACUGCACGGUAAUUAACAUUAAUAAGUGCACCAACGUUCCUUUAGCGCUUCUAUGCAGACGCUGCUGUUAUGGUGGCCUUGCAGCUUGAAGGUCUCAGGUUCGAAUCCCACUACUGCUGGAUCCCCCUGCUGAGUUACCCUGGGAAGGUAACAGUGAAGGUAUCCUGCUGUGUAAAUGGCUACAUCAUUGUAAAUUGGGUAUGGAACACUUAAGGGCCCAGAGCUGCGGCACAAACUGCAAUCGCUCAGUAGGGGGCGCUUCACUGCUGCACAUCGUUUUUGGUGGGAAAGUAAAGGACGUUUCCUCUUCAGCCAAUGCAGAUGAUUUUGCCUGCCUUUAGAAAGCAAUGUAGUUUAAAACACACUCCUUUCACUUAUUUUUAUACCACCUAGAGAGACAUUUGUCUAAAUUCUGUUCACCUUAAACUGAAAUACCUCGUGAGUCUCCUGCAUUUUGCAGCGGUUAUUGCUUACUGUACACAUUCAUUUUCAGGGUUUUGCUGACAUAUAAAACAAGCAUGUGAUACAAUGUGGCUACAGAAAACGGUACUCUAAGCCCUUUUUCUGGGCUGAAUUCACUAUCAUUGCAUAGAUAAAAUUCCUAUUUGUUUAUUAAAUACAGGUUGAAUUAAGUCGGUCCUUAAAAAUUGCAGCACAUAUUAAAAUACAAGAUAAUAGCAGUAUAAACCACAGCCAAGGUUUUUUACUGUCACAGUUAACUUCUGCUUCGGACAUAGCAAAACACCUAAAAACUAAACUUGAACAUUUCUAC